UUAAAAAAGAAAAAGGACAAACGAAAAAAAGGAAAAGAAACAAGCACCCACUGUUUGAGGUUAAUAAUCGAAGAGAACCAAGCAAUCGUUCGACUUGUGUUAGAAAAGCUCCGGAACUUCUUGUGCGUUAUGGAUGUAUCCGCGUUUUCCGAGGAUACGUUCGAUGCCAAAGAAUGGAUCAACAAAACGUUCAAAUCCACGGAAGCUCAAGAGAACAAGGAUAAUUUGUUAUAUUUUGUUAAGGCAUUCGUCUCUUCCUUGGUCAUGAAGUUACAAUUAUACGUACAACAAGUUAACAGUGCAUUGGAGGAAACCAGUCAAUCGGUAUUGUCCAGCUUACCUAGAGUUCUAAGGGAUAGUCAAUUAUUACAACAAGAAGCUUUGGCGUUAAAGGAAAAGAUGACUUCUGUUAAACAAGAGAUUGCCAAGGUAGAAGAAUGUACUGCAUCCUCUAUAGAAUCAUUAGAAAGACUCGAUAGAAUAAAGACUCAACUGGAAACUGCUAAACGUGGCCUACACGAAGCUGAUAAUUGGAGUGCUUUAGCAAAUGAUGUAGAGGAAGUAUUUGAAUCGGGAGAUAUAGAGGUCAUAGCUAGUAAAUUAUUUAGCAUGCAAAAGUCAUUAACCAUGCUCAUCAAUGUGGUAGAUUAUGAAGAUAAAAAGUUUCAAUUAGAAGGCUUAAAAAAUAGAUUAGAAGCAAUGGCCAGUCCAAAACUUGUUCAAGCCUUUAACACUGGAAAUUUAGAUCAGUCCAAAGUUUACGUGGAUAUUUUCAAUAAAAUGGAAAGAUUACCUCAACUUCUUAAAUAUUAUCACAAUUGUUUGAAAGUAUCAUUAGGACAGGAAUGGAGGCGAACCAUUGAAUUGGCACAAGAUGAGAAUCUAACGUAUUGGUUGCAUACUUAUUAUGACAAACUUUUAUCUACUUGGCACGAACAAGUGAAAUGGUGCCAACAAGUGUUUCCUAAUACAUCCAGUGAAAUUCUUAUUAAUGUAUAUGCUGAUCUAUUAAGAAGUUUGGAUCCGAGCAUAUCAGAAUCGAUAGAAUCAUUAUUAAAACAAUAUUCCAAUGCUAUGCAGUUAACAUUAUUGUUGGAACUUAAACAACUUACCAGACAUUUUGCAGUAAACAUAAGUGGAGCUAUAGAAACGUUGUCUUCGAUAAAAUUAGUAAAUCGAAAUGUUUCUAAUAAUGAAACAACGGGUAAUACAAAAACAUUUAAUCAAUAUGUAAUAUCUUUGGCGCAAGCGAUAUAUGCGCCAUAUGUUCCAUACGUGAUGAAGUAUAAAACUUACGAAGUUGCACAAUUAGAACAACAGCUCCAAUCUUUGGAUCUAUUACACGAUGAUCUAAGCGAUACUAUCAAUUCUCUAUCACUUAGCAUUCCAAGAGUCAUCGGAUAUGCUCACGAAGCAAAUAAACGUUGUAAAUUGUUUACCGAUGGCUGCGGCUAUCCAGGUUUACUUAAAGCGUUAAAUAUAUAUUUUGAUAAGUAUAUUAUUAAAUAUCAGGCAACUAUACGACAAUUAGAGAGGAAAAAAGUUAAACAAGAAGAUUGGAAUUUAUUUCAAAUGUGUCUUACCUUAAUGCAAAGUAUAGGAGAAUUCUUGGGACAAGUGCACCAGUUUGAAAAAUCCUUAGUAAUCGAUAUAAUCGAAUCUAAUAAUAAAUUAUUAAGUCAUACGGCCGGACCUUUUAAUCAAUAUAAAAAAUUGCUUCUCGAACCUGUUGGACAAACCGAAUUAGAACAACUUGUUGCUUCGUUUCAGAAAGAAGACAAAACUAUUCUUGAUUCAGUUAUAAAACCCAUUCACAAACUUUGCUCCGAUUUACAUCAUGCAACUUACGAAGUUAUUUUUGCACCCAUUUUUACCCAAUUACUCUCAGUUCAAAAAGCACCUGCUUGGUCAGAUGACAAUAAAAUGCAUCUUAGUACAGAUCUACCGGAUUAUAGCUUUGCACCUCAAGAAUAUAUCACGCAAGUUGGUCAAUAUCUAAUGACACUUCCUCAACAUUUAGAACCAUUUUUAUUAAGAGAUAAUCCGAGUUUAACAUUGGCAUUAAAAGCUGCCGAUCCUCAGUACGCUCAGGGAUCAACCGAAUCUGGUUUUACUGGUAUUUUAUUAGAUAUUAUUGCCAGAGGAACUUGCCAAAUGUUUCAUGAUCAAACAUUAGCCAUUGGCCGAUUAAGUUCUGUUGCUUGCAAGCAACUUGCUACUGAUAUAGAUUACGUUGGAAACGUUUUAGAGGAGCUUGGUCUUUCGUUAUCAGAGAAUCUGCAACAUAUGUCAUUAUUAUUACGAUUACCGCCAGAGGAAUAUCAAAAUGGUAGCUCUGGUUGCAAUGCCCGGGUUGUAGCUGCGGUAAGACAAAUGAGAAACAUUACAUUGUCUGGGUAAAAUAAUGACUUUACUAUUUAUAAAAAAUAUUAAAAAACAUUAAAUUUAUAUAAUUUGUAUAAAAUAUCUUACCAUACAUAAUACAUUGACAAAAGUAUUGAUAAUUACUAUUUUUGAUGCAAUCAAAAUAGUAUAUUACAUUCCAAAGAAAAAUUAUUUAUAUCAAAAUAAAGUAACAAAAUAUGCCAUUGAA